AUAUGAACACCCGAAGUCAGUUGGUGGCCACAAGCCAACGUUUGCACAAGGAAUUGGAGCCAGAUAAGUCGUACCCCCUCCCACCGUUGAGCCAUAUCACAACUCAGCCAGAAUGGACAACUGGACAAAAUGUUGUUGCCACAAUUUACGUGCACAACAUUGGUGUGAAUGGUAGAGUAGGAAGACUCUUCUCACCGGUCGAUAUUAGCAUUUACCUAUUCAAAGCUACUUUGGCUGAAUUCAUCCAUGUACUCAAGGGAUUCUAUUCUGAUGAUUAUCCAGCGGUGUUCAUUGGAAAAGAAGGCAGCAUCUACUAUCCAUGUGACUCAUUCAUUCCACAUCUAAAUAACUGCCAUUUGAUGCAUUUGACAGCCGAGAAACAGCACAUUUUUGCUAGGGUGUAUCAGAAUGAUGACGCAGGCUGUAACAAGGCCCGAGAGGCUUUGUACCAAUAUCUCGACCUUAUUCAACCAUGGGACUUUCGUGAGAUAAGAGGAGAUGAAAAUGUGAAUCGCUUCAAUGGAGCAAAUGGUAUCGAAGGAGCUAAUGUGGAAGAAGUCAUUGACGAUGCAAACGAUCACGCCGCUGAUCCGCCAAAUCAAUAAGGAAGGAUUGGUGCUUACAAUCAAAAAAAGUUUUGACGUCGACUUUCCUACAAUAAAAUGUUUCCCCCGUUUUAUGGUUACCUUUAUUUUUCUCUAUAUUUUGCCCCUGUGAUGUGUAUCUCCACGUGACUUCUCAUGAUUUUUCAACCCUUUUUGUGUGCAUUUUCAUCUUCGCUCACCUUUUUAACUCCAAGUGCUCACUUAUGUUUUAUUAUAUGAACGGGUUAACUU